GUAAAAUUGGGGAAAUGAACAAACAUGCCCCAAGCCGCCUGCCGCGGGGGCGUGGCCUCGGCGCCGCUCUCCGCCAAUCACCGAGCAGAGCUGGGAGGGGGCGUGGCCAGCCCGCCUUCCUGCUCCGGUGCCGGCGGAGGACGCGGCUGCCGGUCCGCGGCCACCGCAGCGGGAGAGGGGGGACCCCCGGGAGCUGCCGGGGCUGAACCAGAGCUGAGGGACCCCCGGACCACCCAGAACCAGAGCAGAGGGACCCUCGGGAGCAGCCAGAACCAGAGAAGAGGGACCCCCGGGAGCAGCCGGGGUUAAGCAGGAGCAGAGGAACCCCCGGGACCACCCAGAGCCGAGCAGGAGCAGAGGGACCCCCGGGAGCAGAGGGACCCCGGGCCGCCGGUGCUGCAGGCAGCAUGGCGCAGUGGCAGGAGGUGCAGAGCUUGGCCAACACUUACCUGGAGCAGGUGCACCAGCUGUACGCGGGCUCGGCGCUGCCCAUGGCCGUGCGGCAGUCCUUGGCCGCCUGGAUCGAGAGCCAGAACUGGCGCCAGGCGGCGGAGCCGCUCUGCUCGCAAGCCCGCAUGCUGUUCCACUCCUUACUGGUGCUACUGGGAGAGCGCCUGGGCAGCCUGGGCUCGGACCGCGAGGAUUUCAUGCUGAAGCACAACCUGCGCAAAGCCCACCGCGACCUCCAGGCUCAAUUCGAGGAGCAGCCGGAGACUUUCGCCAACCUGGUGGCCAACCUGCUGCAGGAGGAGCGGCGGAUCCUGCGCCAGGGCCAGGCGGGGGGGCAGGGGGGUGCGGCCCCCACGCCCAGCCCAGCCCCGGAGAGCGGCCGGGAGCAGCAGAUCCAGCGGCGCUUGGCCGAGUUCCACACGGCCCUGCAGGAAGCCGAACGAGCCUUCAGGCACCUGGAGGAUUUGCAGGAUGCCUUCGACUUCUGCUACAAGGUGCACUACCGGCCAGGUGAGGAGAGGAACCAGGACUCCGGGUACCUCCAGGAGCUCCAGUCCCUCCAGGCCAAGCUGCAGAACCUGGACCGGCAGCGGCGCGAGGUGCUGGCACAGAUGCAGCAGCUCUUGGGGCGCAGCGAGACCCUGCAGGAGCUGCUGCAGCAGGAGCUGGGGGGCUGGCGGGCGCGGCAGCAGCGCCUGUGCCUGGGGGGCCCCGGCGACACCAACCUGCGCCCGCUGGAGACCUGGUUCACGGAGCUGGGCCAGGGGCUGUUCCAGCUGCGGCAGCUGCUGCGGGCGCUGGGCGACCUGCGACAAAAGGUGACCUACGCCAGGGACCCGCUGGAGGCGGAGACGCCCCUGCUGGAGCAGCGGCUGCAGGAGCAGCUCACGCACCUGCUGAAGAGCGCCUUCGUGGUGGAGCAGCAGCCCAGCACGCCCAACGCGGGCAAGCGGCCGCUGGUGCUGCGCACGGCCGGCAAGUUCUCGAGCCGCGCGCGGCUGCUGGUGCGGCUGCACGACCGCAACCACCGCAUGGAGGCCAGGAUCCACAUCGACAGGGACCCCCCCAACAUCAAAGGGUUCCGCCGGUUCAACAUCCUGACAUCGAGCAGCAAGACGCUCCUGGCCGGGGACAGUCCCCAGGAGGGGCUGGUCUGCGACUUCCAGUACCUCACGCUGAAGGAGCAGAAGGACAGCAGGGCUGGCAAGGGCAAAGGUGCCAGCGGCGAGGGUCCCCUGGUUGUGACAGAGGAGCUGCACCUCAUCACCUUCACGCUGGCUUACGCCUACUGCGGGCUGGAGCUGGAGCUGGAGGCCACCACGCUGCCCUUCGUCAUCAUCUCCAACAACAACCAGUUCUCCAGCGCCUGGGCCUCCAUCCUCUGGUUCAACAUGCUCAGCUCUGACCCCAAGGCCCAGCAGUUCUUCUCGUCCCCGCCGCCGGCCCCGUGGCCCCGGCUGGCCGAGGUGCUGAGCUGGCAGUUCCAGAGCGUGGCCGAGCGGGGCCUGAGCCGGGACAACCUCCUGAUGCUGGCCAAGAAACUCCUGGGCUCGAAGCCAUCGCUGGACAGCACCGUGGCCUGGCCCAAGUUCUCAAAGGAAGGACCCACCGGUUUCUCCUUCUGGGCCUGGCUGGACGGGAUCCUGGGGCUGCUGCAGGAGCACCUCAAGCAGCUCUGGAAGAACGGACUCAUCCUGGGCUUCGUGAGCCGCAAGCAGGUGGAGAAGCUGCUCAAGACCAAGCGGACGGGGACGUUCCUGCUGCGCUUCAGCGAGAGCGUCCUCGGGGGUGUCACCUUCACCUGGGUGGAGCACGAGACAGGGUCCCCCAUUUUCCACGCCGUGGAACCCUACACGGCCUCGGAGCUGGUGUCCCUGGCCCUGCCCGACAUCAUCCGUGACUACCACAUGAGCCUGGAGGAGAAGAAUCCAGAAAACCCCCUCAAGUUCCUGUUCCCCAACACCCCCCGGGACGAGGCUUUUGGGCCCUACUACAGCCAGAGGAUGGAGGGGAACCUGAGCGAGUCCCAGAAGUACCUGAACCGGCGCCUCAUCCGCGUGUCCUCCAGGCCGCCCAACAAGCGGCAGACCGAGGAGGAGCUGCUGGUGGCCACCGAGACCCUGGAGACGCUGCAGCUGCAGCCCCGAGGGCAGGGGACACCUGGCAGCUUGGGGACACCUCAGGGGGUGGCCGUGAGCCCAGGGGCACUGCAGGUGGUGGCCACGAGCCCAGGGAUGGCGCAGGUCACCUCUGGGAAUCUGGGGACACCGCAGCUGGUGGCCAUGAGCCCAGGGACACUUCAGGUCACCUCUGGGAAUCUGGGGACACCACAGGUGGUGGCCACAAGCCCGGGGACACUACAGGUGGUGGCCACAAGCCCAGGGACGCUUCAGGUCACCUCUGGGAGCAUAGGGACUCUUCAGAAGGUGGCCGUGAGCCCAGAGACACUGCAGGUCACCCCUGGGACCCUGGGGACACCACAGGUGGUGGCCACAAGCCCGGGGACGCUGCAGCCCACGGGCUUGGGGACGCUGCAAGCACAGCCCCAAAGCCUGGAGCCACCACAGGUGACAUCAGGCGUCCCCAACAUGCAGGGGACACUGCAGGUGGCACCAGGGGCUGUGGGGAGCGUGCAAGUGCUGCCUGGGGGGCUGCAGGUGGGCUAUGGGGACCUGGGGACGCUGCAGGGGACAGUGGGCACUGUGGGGACUGUGGAGCCACCGCGGGUCCCCGAGGAGCAGGGGACACUGCCAGCGGAGCUGAGGGACCUGGAGCUGCUGCCAGGGGGACAGGACAUGCAGGAGCUGCUGCAGGGGAGCCGGGACGUGCAGGAGCUGCUGCAGUCGCUGGAGGGGCUGGAGGCGACCCCGGGGACACUGGGGACACUGGGGGUGGCCGAGCUGAUGCCCGACGUGGUGGCAACCUUGGAGGAGAGCUUCCAGCUGAGCCCUGGCAGCGCCGCUCUCCUGGACCAGCACGACCCGUUCCUGCCGCAGCCCGAGGACUCGGCCCUGCCCUCCGUCCCCUCCCUGUUCACCGACUUCCCCCCGCUGCACAUCGACGCCAGCGACUUCCAGUGACCCCUCCCGGUCCCCUCCCUCCCGGGGACCUCUCCCGGUCCCUUCCCUCCCAGUGACCU